CUAAACUGACUGUUUACGAUAAUGGUUAAAAUUCUUUUUUCAUCUGUUGUGAAUAGGACAUCCAUCUUACGAGGGCAUAUGACUUGGCCAUGCAGUAUUUCUAUUCAAUUUAUAUACAUUUAUUCUAAAAUAUUCAACAAUAACUCAUAUCUACAAAUACUUCUGCAAACACUGCUGAUUAAAUGUAUGGAUGUUGAACUGAAUCCAGGUCCACUCCAGAAUGUAGAAAUAGUUCAUCUUAAUGUUAGAUCCAUAAGAAAUAAAAUAGAUGUUAUUGAAGCACAACUACAUGAUAGUGACAUAAUAUGUAUAACUGAAUCACACCUUAACCCUCUAAUCCCAAAUUCUGAUAUUAAAUUAGAGUCAUUCUCAGAUGAAAUUCAUAGAAAAGAUAGGACAACAGGGCAUGGUGGUGGUGUUAUUAUCUAUCAUAAAAACAAUAUUCUUACUAAACGUAGACAUGAUCUUGAAAAUGAACAUAUAGAAAUGAUUUGGAUAGAAGUCUUAAUCCAAAAUCAUAAAUUUCUGCUUGGAUGUAUAUAUAGACCUGAUUCUAAUAUAGAAUACUGGAGUAAAUUUGAACAAAUCCUUGAUAAAGCUAGUGAAACUUCCAUGGAUAUACUAAUUACUGGUGACUUAAAUGUUGAUAUGCUAAGAACCCCACCCACUUCUCACUUAUCUAGACUCUUAACUAAAUUCAACCUAAAAAGUAUUAUUAAUAAACCUACUAGAGUGACACCUGAUAGUGCAACCUCUAUAGAUGUUGUCUUUACAAAUAAUCCUUCCAUAGUGAAAAAUACUCAUGUUGACCCUGCUUUCUGUAGUGACCACUCCCCUAUAUAUAUGGAAGUUUGUUAUGCUAUCUUCAAACAUAAAGCAUACAAAAAGACUGUAUGGAUGUAUAACAAUACUGACUAUAAUAUUAUGAAUGACGAACUAAAUGUUAUUGACUGGAACUUAAUUGCUGCUGAUAUGGAUACCCAAGAAUUGGAUUAUCACAGGUCUAAGGAAAGGUACAUCACACCAAACUCUAUAUAAAGAACUAGGUUGGGAAUCCCUGUCUGAUCGAAGGAUGAACCAUAAGCUAACUCAGAUGUAUAAAAUAACUAACAAUUUAUCACCCACAUACCUCCAUGACAUAAUUGAUCCUCUUACUCAUAACCCAGAAAAUGAUAGGUAUACUCUAAGAAAUGUAAGAAUGUUUAACCCACCACUAUGUCGUACAGAAUCCUAUGCUAAAAGCUUCUUCCCAGUAAUGUGCAACAAGUUCAAUGGACUUGAAAAUGAUAUAGUACAUUCCCCUACUCUUAAUAAAUUUAAGGCCAAGGUGUAUAAUAAAAUAUGUUGUAAUAAUGAUAUCUCGGAUGUAUUUAAAAAUUGUGAAAGCAGAAAGGAUAACAUAAUCCUAUGUCAACUGAGAAAUGAGGCGAGUAACCUGAACUAUGAUCUAUUCAAAGAUCACUUGAAAGAGUCUCCAUCUUGUCUGUGUGGUGAUGCUUAUGAAACUGCUACACAUUAUCUUUCACAAUGUCCAAUGUAUACUAAUGAGAGACAAACUUUAAUAAAUGAGAUUUUUGAAGUGUGUCCGGUUAAUCUUGAUACUAAAACACUUCUUAAUGGAAGCACUGUGUUAAACAAUACUGAAAAUAAAUCUAUACUUGAUAGUGUUCUAAAAUAUAUAUACAACACAAGAAGAC